AUGAAUGUAAACAAAGAUUAUAUACAAGCUGCGCAACUUUAUUUAAAGUUACGAGAAGGAGAUCGAGCUUUAAUUGUUAUCAAAUGCUGUCUUUGUGAUGCAGGCGAAUUAACAGAGUGGUCGCAGUUUUCCCGACACUUUGCUGUGUCACAUUUUGCCUUGGAUACAUGCUUAAUAAGCCAACGCACAGAGCUGGAUGACGAGAUUGAAGCGGAGGUUGAAAUCGAGUUGCAGAAUCAGCAAAACUGCGAGAUAUCUGAAACCGAAGAGACACAUAAAGAAACAGAAGUGAAGAAAGAAUAUUCAUACCAAUCUGAAGAAGAUGAAGGGUUAGAGGGAAACAAGCUAAAUCAGCCUUUCUACAGUCUGCAGAAUACACAUCCCAAGCUUAUACAUUACUUUAUUCAGCUCCUGCGCCAACAUGAAUAUCUGUGGCGUGACGAGUUUAAAAACAUGGAUUUUAGGAACGAGCGAACUGAAAGCGCCCAACAAAUAGGCAGAUCCCUUGCCAGGCGUUUUAAUGUCAAACUAAGGCCCCAGACUAUUAGUCUUAGUGCUCGAGCACUGCUGAAUUGGUUUAGACGUCAGUAUGCUCUGCACAUUAGUAAUCGUGCCUUUCGUACCCGUCACCAGGAUUACUACGAUAAGUUGCUGAAAUUUGUGCCCAUAUCGGACAUUUCUGUUGUCAAUUGCGACAAAUGCCAACGCCGUUUCAUCAAUGAAGAUCAGCUGAGACGGCAUAAGCAUCGCAUCCACUUUGGAGGUGAUCCUUAUGUCUGUGAUGUGUGCCAAAAAGGAUUUGUGCACGCGAGUAAACUGCGUAUGCAUCAGAAUAGAUUUCACAAAAAAUACACCCGUUGGAGUUGUCAGAUGUGCAGCUAUAGUGCUCCCAGCAAAUGGGAUCUUAAGUCGCAUGUUGCCUCUCACAGUGGAGAUCGAAAUUUCAUUUGUGAGCUUUGCGGCGUAUCAACCAAGUCAAGUUCUUCGUUGGCGGUUCAUCGGCGCACGCAUUCGGAACCCACUAUCAAGUGUCCUUAUUGUCCAAACAAGUACCGUGAAACAUAUCUAUUAAAUUGCCACAUUGCAAAGUCUCAUUACAUAGAAGAAGAAACUUAGUAAAUAAAAAUAAAUGCAUUUGAUU